GAGAGGAGACAGGGAUCCAAUCAGGGAUGCCGACGGCCAUCCAUCAAAUGAGAAAUAGCCAAUCAGAUGGGAGGAAAAGGACAGAGCCACACCCAGCCGUCUCCCUAACGACAGUCCCCAGGACAACAGCUAAAUGUAGUUCCAGACGCGGUCCUCGUCACCCCUGACUCUCACACACUGUGGAAAAAAAAAUUGUUUAAUCAAAAUGGAGGCUCAGAUUUAUAUGUCAUUUAUUAGGACAUGGUGCCCCCAAAAAGUUCAGAAAUAAAAGGUGCAGAGACACUGCCAAUGAGCUACUCCAAGAUACCUUCCUCUAACUCUUCUCCCUUCCUCUGGACCAAUCAAAGGAGGACCACCUCCCAACAAAGUUUGGUUGGUGCGAAAAAAAACCUGUGAAUCUGGAUAAGCAAAAAUGUAAUGGUUCCGCGCUCAAAAAGAUGUUGGAUCCUUCCUACGGACUAACCUGAGAGAAAGACGAGUGCCCACUUUCCAUUUGAAACCUUCUCUUCUUUUUGGACUAACCUGAGACAAAGACUAAGAGGGCCAACAAUACUCUCUCCUUCCAACCUAACCCUGCCUUAUACUACCGAGUGGACUAACAAUACAGUGGUGCGCUAACAUGGGCAAAGGCUGUAUAACUCUGGACAUCACAGUACACAAGGUGCUCUUUGGAUAGGUUCAACUAGAAGGAGAAGAAGAAGAAUACUUUAUUAAUCCAUGUGAGACAGAAAUUGGACUAUAGUAACAAUCAUCAUUCUCUACACCUCUCUUCCUCUCAAUGACGCUAACCUGGAUAAAUAAACAAAGAAAUAAACAAAAACAACAAUAAUCAACAACAUGGACGUCAUCAUUAGAACGGCAACACAACCCAGUGGGGCGGGGUUUAACAACAAAGUGGGUGGGGCUUCGGUGGCGUUGUCGGCGACCAGUUGGUUCGCCUUCCUCUAUGGGUUCGCCCUGCUGUCAAUCACCCAGUUUCCCACGGCGAUGGGCGACUGUUGGCUGAUUGAGGGGGAGAAGGGCUUUGUGUGGUUGGCUAUCUGCAGCCAGAACCAGCCCCCUUACGAAGCUAUCCCUGCCCACAUCAACAGCACCAUCGUGGACCUGAGGCUCAACGAGAAUAAGAUCAAGAGUAUCCAUUUCUCAUCGCUCAGCCGCUUUGGGAACCUGACGUACCUGAACCUCACCAAGAACGAGAUCUCGUACGUGGAGGAUGGAGCCUUCUCUGCCCAGUUCAACCUACAGGUGCUGCAGUUGGGGUUUAACCGUCUGAGGAACCUAACAGAGGGGAUCCUGAGAGGGCUGGGGAAGCUGCAGUACCUCUACCUACAGGCCAACCUGAUCGAGGCAGUCACCCCCAACACCUUUGAGGAGUGUCCCAACAUAGAGAACAUUGACCUCUCCAUGAAUAGGAUUCAGGUGCUGGACGGAGGCUUGUUUACGGGGCUCAGUAGAUUAACGACCUGUGAACUCUACACCAACCCGUUCAACUGCUCCUGUGACCUGUUGGGGUUUCUGCGCUGGCUGGCCGUCUUCCCGAACAGGACCAAUGAGAGGAUGGUGUGUGAUACUCCGGCCGGGUUUUCAGGCUACAACCUCCUCAGUCAGAACCCCAGGAUGCCUGCGAACCGCAACGCUCUGCACAUGCUCAAUAUGGUGUGUACCGAUGACGGUAGCAACUCUUUGCCGAACAUCAUUGGUCAGUCCGAUUUUACAACCCUCCCGCCGUACUCUCCCUGCGGAUUGGACGACUGCUCUUCUGGAAUGUCCCCAGAGGACCCAAUCAGCAUCAGCCCCACCUACACUGAUCUGAACAACAAGCCUAGCAUGAAGGUGAAACAGGUCUCCCAAACCUCAGCAGUGAUCACAGUCCAGAUCCCUCACCCCUUCAGUAAGAUGUACAUCCUGGUUCUCUACAACAAUAGCUUCUUCACUGACAUACAGAACCUGAAGAACCACAAGGAAGAGAUCGAACUGAACAGCCUGAAAGCCCACACAGACUACACCUACUGUGUAGUGUCUAUAAGGCACCAGCUUCGUUAUAACCACACCUGUCUGUCCAUCUCCACCGGGAGGAAGGCAGGUCUGGAGAGGACCCCCAACGACUCCUCUGCCACCCACUACAUCAUGACUAUACUGGGCAGUCUCUUCAGCAUGGUCAUCAUACUAGGUUUGGUGUUCCACUGCCUGAGGAAGAAGAGGCAGCGAGACGAGAAGAACAAUAAGAUUGGAAAGAUCCAGAAGAGCCUGAUGGAGCUGAGAUACGGAGCAGACCUGGAGGGUGGUGGAGGAACAGGAGGAGGGGGCUCCAUCUCUCAGCUAUCCCAGAAACAGAUGCUCUCGGCUAGGGAGAGUCUCACACGGAUGCCCUACCUUCCCCAGGGUGGAACCUGUGAGAUGGACCAGUACAAGCUACAGGAGAUCAUUGAUACUCCAAAGGCAGCGAAAGGGAACUAUAUCGAAGUGCGGGGAACUGUGGGCGACCCGCCGGACCGGAGGGAGAGAGAGAGAGAAAGAGAGCGGGAGAGAGAGAGGGAGUGUAGUCUCUCUCCACAAGACAACCCUCAGGGUUCGGUAGCAGAGAUUUCCACCAUCGCCUCAGAGGUGGACAAGGUGAACCAGAUCAUCAACAACUGUAUUGAUGUCCUCAAAUCUGAGUCCACGUCGUUCCAGGGGGUCAAGUCAGGCUCUGUGUCGACCGCUGAUCCCCAGCUAGUGCUUAUCUCAGACCAGCCACAGAGACAGUCAGGGUUCCUGUCGCCGCAGUAUAAAGGAGGUUACCACCACCCUCUCCAGAGACACCACAGUAUGGAAGCUCCAUCCAAACGACCUUCGACCUCCUCCAGCGGUUCCGUCCGCUCCCCGCGCUCCUUCCGCUCCGACGGGCCGUACCGGGGAACCACCGAGACCAAGUACAUCGAGAAGACCUCGCCGGCCGGAACCGGAAUCACCGAAGACACCAUCCUCACCGUGACGCCCGCCGCUGCCAUCUUACGAGCAGAGGCCCAGAAGGUCCGACAGUACACGGAGCAGCGCCACUCGUACCCGGGCCCCCAGCACCCCCUCCCUGACCCCGAGGAGCUAGAGGAGCUCAGUAGCAGUAAACCCUCUUCCAUCCUGGAACCCCUCACCCUGGGUCGGCACCCCAGAGAGCUAGCCUACGCCCAGCUGUCGCCGCAGUACCACAACCUGAGCUAUGAGUCCAGUCCUGAGUAUUCCUGCACCCCGUCGCUAGGCAUCUGGGAGAGGUUUAAACUCCACCGGAAGAGACACAAAGACGAGGAUUACGAGGAGGAAUACAUGGCGGCGGGACACGCGUUGAGGAGGAGUUUGCAGGUCGCCAAGGACGAGGAUCUGCAUGACAUACUAGACUAUUGGAAAGGUGUCUCGGCACAGCAGAAGUCGUGAAGGGGCUGGGUCGGGAUGUGAUGAGGCUCUGGCACUACUUAGUUUGGCAUAAAGGAGGAUGGAGGCCGCAUGGAGACUAAAGGGCUUUAUUCAAUCUGUAAAGCUGAAGCGUUACAGAUUCCGCGAUAGAAAUGUAAAGGUAAUUGACAUGCAGCGUGAAUGCUGUCUCCGUUAAAGCAGGAACAUUGCCUUUAAAUUUCAAUCAUUCUGUAAAGAUGAACUUCCACGAUGUGGAUUAGGGCCCUAAUACACACACACACACACACACACACACACACACACACACACACACACACACACACACACACACACACACAC